UCUCUCUCUUUUUCUCUCUCUCUCUCUUUCUCUCCACUCUUCUGGUGGUGCGACAGGACGGGACGGAAAUGUCACUUGGCAGCAAACGCGUUUUAAACUAGAUGUGGUGAUUAAUAUUAUAGAAAUAACAGCGACAAUAAUAACAACGGGACGUCUGACGUUUUCCGCCGCAGAGCAGCGCGAGACCCGGAGAUCUGGUCCACUGAUGAUGUCAUCGUAUUAUCAUCCGGGGAAGGAGGCGGACGUGUCGGAGCCGCUGUGCCUGGAGAGAGAUGUAUGCAGGGUCAUUGAGUUGCUGGACCGGCUGCAGAGGAGCGGCGAGUUUCCUCCCCCCAAACUGCAGGCGCUACAGAGGGUUCUUCAGAGCAAAUUCUGCGCCGCCAUACGAGAGGUGUAUGAACAGCUGUAUGACACACUGGAUAUUGUGGGAGGACCCGAGGUGCGAGCUCAGGCCACUGCUAAAGCGACCGUAGCCGCGUUUGCUGCGAGCGAAGGCCACGCCCACCCACGCGUCGUUGAGCUUCCCAAGACGGAGGAGGGGCUGGGCUUCAACAUCAUGGGGGGAAAGGAGCAGAACUCCCCCAUCUACAUCUCCAGGGUGAUUCCAGGGGGCGUGGCAGACCGGCAGGGUGGAUUAAAGAGGGGCGACCAGCUGCUGUCUGUCAACGGAGUGAAUGUAGAGGGUGAGCACCACGAGAAGGCCGUGGAGUUGCUGAAGGCGGCGCAGGGCUCAGUAAAGCUGGUGGUGCGCUACACCCCGAAAGUCCUGGAGGAAAUGGAGGCCCGGUUUGAGAAGCUGCGCAGUGCCCGGCGUCGCCAGCAACACACCAGCCACUCAUCUUUAGAGUAUCGGGGUUAACCAAUUCCGAGCAUCGGUGAACCUGUUGAUCACGCCCAUUCCUCAAUCCUCCAAUAGGAAGACCGAAGACUACGAGCUGCUGAGGAGACGAGCGAAGACUCGUUUUAGAUACUUGUAUGUUAGUGGAACAUUCCUGAAACUGUAGACCUCAAAUAUACUCUUUACACCGUCCAUCUGUCGGGAGAGACUGAAGAGAGUAUCAAGCUUCUUCUUUUUAUUUGUGUGUGU